AUGGAGGAAAAAAUGAUCUACGUGGAGAUAGACCUGAACACUCUGAAUAAAAGCAUGGAAAGACAGAAAGAGCAGCACCCUAACAUAGACACAAUGCUCUUGUUGCACGAUGCAGUAGUUGAAGCUAUAAAGAUGGCAGACAGCAGCAUAUCACCAGAUGGUAGAAAGAGUCUUCUGUACAUAGCAGCGAGCAGAGCUGUGCUGCAUGCAAUAGCACACAGAGACGUGUCUUCCUUCGAGGCGCAGACGCAGUCUGUUCUCAGCUACGACUGCUCCAGAGAUGUUUCGUUCUAUCUUAGUAACGCCGUGGAGCUGGAAUGCAGCGAAAGAUAG